AUGUCGUUUCCCCACAUCAUUGGCUUGGUACUGGCACUGCUGCUGCUCCUCCCGCGGGGUUCCUCUGUCUCGGUCACGACCAGCCCGUCCAACGACUCGGUGAAUGGCACCUUUUUGCUCGCCAACAUCCAACAUCCAUACCCGACCCCAAUCACUUUGGCGCCUCUGACGGCCGAUCUAGCGGCUCUUGAUCCUGGCGACUUUCGUCCGCUGACAUCCGGGGCCCGCCAGACUUUCCAUUGCGAAGGCAGUCUAGUACUGGCUACCUCGUCCAAUUCUGCGACAAUCACGUCCAAGGACAUUGCUUUAUUAAGCUGCGAUCCCUCCGCCUACCAGGGUUACAUCAAUGCUAGCGAAACCCUUUCGUCUGUGAUUGCUUCACCUGACGGUGGUCCUGCCGCCGUGGUCCUGUAUUCUUCCGAGGACAACCACUGCUCGUAUCAGGUGCUUGAUAAGAACGUCGAAUACUCCAACGUCUUCACUAUCCCGCAGGCAUCCGUCGCUGCCACGGUUGUCAAGCAGCUACAAGCCGAUUCCACCAACACAUCCAAUACCAUUGCCGCCAAUAUGGCUACCAGCGGCACCAUGGGCCUUGGUAACAGCAGCUCGGAUUCCGGGGACUCGGGCAGUUCGUCGUCGUCGGGCCUGGCUGUGUCGUCGCCCACGACUGCAGUGGCCAUGAUCAUCUUGUAUACCAUCACUGGGAUUAUCACCGCCUUGUUUUUGGGUAUCAUCAUCACGGGUGCGGUGCGUGCCCAUCGACAUCCGGAACGCUACGGGCCAAGGAAUAUCGUUGGACGGCCGCGGCAGAGUCGAGCGCGAGGAGUCGCGCGGGCAAUGCUGGAGACCAUCCCCAUUGUCAAGUUUGGCGACUCGGACACCAGCGAGGUUGCGGCCGCGAAAAGAGAUGUCGAGAUGGCCUCGCGGAAUGACGAGGACGGCACAACAGCACAGCCGAUAUCAGCCCCGACGCAUCAGGACGGCGAGACUGAGCAUGCUGCUGCUGCUGCUACUGCUGCUGCUCCCGAUAUUCAAUCCAAUGAAGCGCCGGCUGCGACUGAGGGCCAGCAAGACGACCAUGAGGCAGUACCAGCGGCCACAGAUGGAGGCAACCGUGUGUGCCCGAUUUGCACAGACGAGUUUGUCAAGGGCCAGGACAUGAGAGUGCUGCCGUGCAACCAUCAAUUCCAUCCGGACUGUAUCGACCCAUGGCUCGUCAACGUGUCGGGAACCUGUCCUCUCUGUCGGAUCGACCUCAACCCAGCCGACGAGUCCGCAGAGCAGACCGAGCACGCUGAGGAUCCAGAACAUGCAUCAUCCACUGAGCCAGUAGUGGAAGAGUCCGCCAACAACGCAACAACCCCGGGUUCCCAUCGCCGACUGACUGUAUAUCUCUCCGACAUCCGCCGCGCUCGCAAUGCGCCGGUGGAAGAGCGCAUUGCGGCUCUGCGUCAACUGCGCCAGAACGAGCAGCAGCAAGGAGCGAAUAUUGCAUCUGGAGCGAAUGAUGCAUCUGAAGACACGACCGACGAAACCCAGGGCCGGCGUCGACUGACCAUGCGUCUGCGCGACCGCUUCCGAAUCCGCACGCGACCACACGAGGGAUCAUCGCAGUAA